GAGUGGUCCUGAGCUAAUGUCUGAACACAUCUAGGUGGUGCUUCAAGAAAACUGGCAAACAGCUGCCAGGAUGUUUCUCCGGUUGCUAUCAGAUAUCCAUUGGCAGGCAGCUAACCCAAAAUGGAGAAGAAUGACCUGCUCCCAGCGUAGCAUCUCAAGUAUAGCAGAACCUCACCCAGUUGCCUUGCCGGCACAGGUGCAGGUUGUCAUCUGUGGCGAUGGAAUCAUGGGCACCUCCUUGGCAUAUCACCUUUCCAAGAUGGGUUGGACGAAUAUAGCCUUACUUGAGCAGGGCAGGUUGGCUGCUGAUACCACUCGCUUCUGUGCUGGCAUCGUGAGCACAGCCAGGCAUGCAUCCAUCGAGCUGAAGACGGCAGACUAUUCAAACAAGCUCUACAAGCAGCUGGAAGAAGAGACUGGAGUAAAAACAGGGUACAUGAAGACAGGCUCCAUUUCACUCGCUCAGACUCAGGAUCGACUAAUCUCUCUGAAACACGUCGCUUCAUCACUCAAUACUGUAAUCGCGAUACCUUGUGAAAUUAUCACCCCAAAGAAAGUGGCACAACUCCACCCACUGGUCAACAUCCAUGACCGUGGGGCUAUGUAUGUGCCAGAAGAUGCACUUGUGUCAUCUGCCAAUGUGAGUCUGGCUCUGCCAACUGCUGUCUCACGGAAUGGUGUCCAGAUCCAUGAACAGACGAGCGUCAGUCAUGUCUCAGUCCAGAAGGGUUGUGUGGCUGCCAUUGAGACCGACAGAGGACAGAUCAAAUGCCAGUACUUUGUCAACUGUGCUGGUCAGUGGGCUUAUGAGUUGGGCCAUGCUGGGGAGGAAGCAGUCAGUAUCCCACUCCAUGCCUGCGAACACUUCUACCUCCCGACACAUCCUUUGAAUGAGCCUCUGGCAAGCACUUUACCAAUGGUUGUAGACCCAGAUGGCAGGAUCUACAUAUGCAACUGGCAAGGUGGCAUCCUCUCAGGAGGCUUUGAGAAAAACCCCAAACCUCUUUUCACAGAGGGACAGAAUCAGCUGGAGAUUCGGAACCUCCAAGAAGACUGGGAUCAUUUUGAGCCACUUCUAGGUGCCCUUCUGCACAGGCUGCCAGAUUUGGAGGCUCUGCAGAUCAUGCAGCUUGUGAAUUGCCCUGAGUCCUUCACACCAGAUAUGCGGUGUAUCAUGGGAGAGUCACCCACCGUGCAGGGCUACUUCAUUCUGGCUGGCAUGAACUCAGCUGGUAUCUCAUAUGGUGGGGGAGCAGGCAAACCUUGUGGCUGUCCAUUCAUUGUUUCUUGGUUUCAAUUUGUCUGUUACAGCUUCUUCAUGAUUUCCCCUACUGACCAACAAGUCCAUUGCUGGGCCUGGCUGAAGAACCGCUUGACUGAUAACAGCAACCUGACCAUGGAAGACGUGACCUGGAAGUGCAUGGCUCUCAAUCUGAUUGGCCCCUGUGCUGUGGAUGUCUUGUCAGAGUUGUCAUAUGCCCCAGUAACUCCAGAACACUUUCCCUCUCUCUUUUGCAAGGAGAUGAGCGUGGGCUAUGCUAAUGGCAUCUAUGUGAUGAGUAUCACUCACACAGGAGAACCUGGAUUCAUUCUUUAUAUCCCCAUAGAGUAUGCCCUUCAUGUGUACAACGAGGUGAUGAAUGUGGGACAGAAGUAUGGGAUUCGCAAUGCCAGUUAUUAUGUGCUCCACAGCCCGCGCAUUGAAAAGUUCUUUGUGUUCUGGGGCCAGGAUCUGGAUGCUUUUACCACUCCUAUGGAGUGUGGACACGAGUUCCAGGUCAAGCUGGACAAGGGAAUGCAGUUUGUUGGCCAGGAAGCACUGCUGGAACAGAAGCAGAACAGUGUAUACAAGCACUUUACCAUGUUCAUUCUUGAGGACCAUGACACAGACACAGACCUCUGGCCCUGGUGGGGGGAGCCCAUUUUCCACAACGUCUGCUACGUGGGCAAGGCCACCAGCAGUGCCUACAGCUACGCUCUGGAGCACCACAUCUGCCUUGGCUUCGUGCACCACUUUGAUGAGAAGACAGGAGAGGAGCUGGUGGUGACAACUGACUUCAUCAACCAGGGCGAGUAUGAGAUUGACAUCGCUGGGCAGCGCUUCCAGGCCAAAGCCAAGCUUUACCCCUUCAGCUCCUUCUCUAUGCACCAUUGCUGCAAGGAUGAGAUGGAACUGAGUGGCUACCAGGGGAGUAGUGCUGACUAG